UCAACACUUGAAGUUACAUUUUCAUUAUACAUUGCUUGUAAAAUGUAAAGUAGAAACUGCAUUUAAUUGCAUUUAGCGCAGCCCAUAUUCCUCUAAAACGUUUUUCGUGUGCAAGCGUAUAGCUCAUAAACAUCCUCACCUAUGUUAACCGAAGCGCCCAUGUCCAGUGACAUCAUGGAAGAGUUAUCAAAUUUGAUACGCACCGAAAUUCCCGAUGGCCGCCAGAGCCUGCGCGACAGUUACACAAAUCUUGAGCGCGUGGCCGACUACUGCGAGGACACUUAUUAUCGCGCCGACAAUAAAAAGGCAGCGCUCGAGGCUACUAAGAACUACACCACCCAAUCCUUGGCUAGUGUCGCGUAUCAGAUAAAUACUUUGGCCUAUAGCUACAUGCAGCUGUUGGAUCUACAGGCGCAGCAACUAUGCGAGAUGGAAUCGCAGAUGAAUCAUAUUGCUCAAACGGUGCAUAUACACAAGGAGAAAGUCGCCAGACGUGAGAUUGGCGUAUUGACCGCAAAUAAGGUGAGCUCUCGGCAGUUCAAGAUAGUAGCGCCCAUUAAUCCGGAGAAGCCCAUCAAGUAUGUGCGAAAGCCCAUUGACUAUUCAAUUCUGGAUGAGAUUGGACAUGGCAUUAACUCGGUUGCUCAGCAUGUAGGCGGUCGGCAGAAACAUCGUGGCUCGAGCCAUGGCUCAGUGCAAUCGCUGAUCCCGCCUUCGGUGGGACCGCCACCUACCACCAAGCCACCAACUCCGCCCCAAAUGUCACGUGCUGGCAAUACGGGUACAUUGGGCAAGUCGGUCAGCAAUACGGGCACGCUAGGCAAAAGUUCACGCGAAUAUCGUACGCCACCAGUGGUGAAUCCACCACAGGUGCCAUCGCACUAUGCACCCAACUAUCCCAUUGGACAUCCCAAACGCAUGUCCACAGCUUCGUCAACCACAACGACUGGCGGUGGUGCAUCGGGCAAUGAGCGAGCCGCCGGCUACAGUGCGUUGCCCAUGCCCCCGAGCCAGCAAAUCGCUACGCAUGUCAAUCUGCCUUCGAUAGGCAUGAUGCAGUCACUGCCACCACCGCCGCCUACAACUUAUGACGACAGAAGCAGCAUUCCACUCUCCCAACACGAAAUGACAGAGCAGAGCCACAUCGGAAUGCAUACGCUGGGACGCAAUAUCAACAGGAAUCCCAAUAGAAAUCAUUUCAGCUUGAACUUUGCACGUCCAGGUUCACAAUCGCCGCCUUUGCCGCCACCGCCGCCGCCAGAGGAUGAGCACCAGGACUUUGGACGUCCCAGAAACUCAACAGGCCCACAACUGGCGCCUAUUGUGCCCGAAGAUCAAAACUUGCCAGGCUGGGUGCCCAAAAAUUAUAUUGAAAAAGUGGUCGCCAUUUACGAUUACUAUGCCGACAAGGAUGAUGAGCUGAGCUUCCAGGAGAGCUCAGUGCUCUAUGUGCUAAAGAAGAACGACGACGGCUGGUGGGAGGGUGUUAUGGAUGGCGUUACCGGUCUAUUCCCGGGCAAUUAUGUGGAGCCUUGCGUCUAAGCACUGCCAGCAAUAACAAUAAUAAAUAUGCAUAGAUACAGAGACAACAAUAACGAUUCGAUUAUAUACAUAUAUAAACAUAAUACUAAACAUGCAAAAGCAAGCGAAGCACGCUCAUACAAGUAUUCCACUAGCAUAAACUCCACGCUCCGCCUAGUAUAAUCUAAAAUAAUUGUCGUCACCCACGCCACAUAUACACGGCAUUUUAUUGAGCGCUCGCUUUCGUAACGUAAACUAUAAACUAAUUCAUAAACUAAAUAGCCAAAAAAUAGCCCAAAGCAAUUAAAAAUUUAAAGCAUGCACUAGUGUUCUAGUUAAAUUUGGUUUUACCGUAAAAUAUUGUCUAAAUAUUUGCUUGCGCUUACUCCGGAAACUGUUUACACUGCGCCCACAGUCCACAAUCCUUUAUCCAUGUCGUAGGUUAUACGAAUUUCAGUUAGCCUUUAGCUUCUAAGUAUUGGCCAGUUGGUAUUGCGUUUCUUUAUAUACACACACACACUCAAAUACUUAUUAACUAUAAACAUAUUAUUUGCGCUUGUGCAUACUGAAUAUUUAGUUAAAGUCAAAUUACAUGAAAAAUAAAA